AGAUUGUUCGUCUGGCUAAGUUAAAGGAAUGAAAGUAAAGUCGAGUUCGAACGGUCGAUUAAAGUAUGUGUCAUUCACGGAUCAGAUCGCGAAAGUAAGUGUAGAUAUUGCUCGAUGGCAUCGCUCAAUUGUAGCUACUUCAGCAGAAAAUGAAACUCAUUUUAACGAUGCAGUUACCAAAUAUCAAGAUUUGGAUUACGGCUCAUUCUUUGAGAGCUUCCUGAAUGAUAUUCCAUAUUUCAAUGGUGAAUUACGAACAUAUGCACAGCUUCUUCAUCGGAAAGAUAUUGUAGCAAAGGCUUUAAUUAGUCAUUUAAAUAUUUCGGAGAGUACCUCAUUGGGCACUUUGCUGGAGUUGACGACCGCAUUCGUGCAAGAUAUAAGGGAAGACUUUCGAAAUUACAUAUGGGAAUUUAUAGAAGCUAUAAUAGGUAUAUUGGAAAGGUCGCACGAGGAUAGAGAAAUUCUCGAAACUGCCUUCUUCACAUUAGCGAAGAUUUUUUGGUUGCAGCGGCAACAUCUUGUCUGUGAAUUGCAUGAAGUUUUCAGGCGUUUUAAACGGAUUUUAUGCUGUAAAAGAUCCUAUUUACGCCGAUUCACUGCCGAAGCUGUUGCAUUUUUGUUACGGAAGUCCAGUGCAGUCGGAAAGCUUACCGUAUUUUUGGCUGAAACAGCAUACAAUGUAAAAAUUUUAUUUGUUGAUAAUUGCAAGGAAGAGACCAAUAAUUCAUCACUUAUUGAUGGCAUAUCUCGACUAUAUUUCAAUGCUCUGAAGAUUACUAAAGGACACUUUCACAGUACAGCUCCGCAACUGUUGUCAGAAAUUUUGCAAGCGUCAUUCGAAAUUGAGGGAAACGAUGUCCGAAAUGUUGCGAUCCAGGUUUUGGUUGGCACAAUAUGUCAGUGUAGUAUCUACACAUCGAAGGAAUAUAGUGAAUUGCUUGUGGAUGUUAUUCUGAAGCAGUACAAGACAGCUAUGAUAUCAUUGGACACAGUGAAAAGUUCAGCAUUGGCCAAGCUUUUAAAUGCUUGGAUAAGCCAAAAGAUGGGCAGGUCAUUACAUAACCCAUCAUCUCUGUUUCAAGUUAUAAUAGAUGGUGUGAAAAAUAGAGCUGGAGAAAUGGAGAGAGAAACUAUUGGAUUGCUAAGCACUGCAAUCAUGAGGUAUCAUGGUGAUAGUGAAUUACAUUCAUUGAUUACUACAGCAAUACGUGUGCUUAUGGAUGACGACCAGAGAUGCGGUUUCGAUGUGAUAUUAGAUUUCCUUUACAACAUUUCUGAUAUUCCUUUGUUUGAUAUUUGGAUAAUGCCUAUUGUUGGUGCGUUUAUGUCACGACUGGUUGUACAGAAGGACGCUCAGAUCAUCAGCAAAAUUUUAAAAUUUUAUGCGGAUAUGUGCAAUAAACGAAGACCGAUUUGGAAGCAUAAAGGAAGGCGGAUUUGUUUCUUUGAUAUUUCCAAUCAUUUGGAAGUACGCAAUCGACUCAUUGAUAUCCUGAAAUCGGCAGAUAAAUUUGAUGCAGAAAUUGUAGGUUGCUGUUUGAUGACAUAUCCUUGGUUAUGGAAUCAGUCCGAAAAUCCAAAAGAAAUUGCUGUUGUGUUCAAAAUUCUUGUAAAUUCAAUGAGCAGUUUAGACAGUGCUGAUGCUCGUUUAUCACUUCUUGCUGCAAAUGCUUGCUUUCUGUUUGAUCCCAAUUUAUUAAGACAAUUUACUCUUGAUACCCUGCUGAAAUAUUACAAAAAUAUGGGAAGUAACGAGGCAGCUCUGCGCACUUUGGCUUUGAUGUUACCGUUUGUUGAGGAUUCCGAGAAAUUGAAAAAUGUUUCUGCUCUGAGCAAGGUUGCUAAUGAAAUUUUGCCAAUGUUUGGCCACUGGAGCAGUUAUGUACGACAAGUUGCUCUGGAAGUCCUGACUCAUUUUGAUAUUCCAAUGAAUAAUGCAGAAAACAACGAUGGAACAAUUGUUGAAGUAGAAAGUGCUUUUAAUCUUCUCCUACGAUCCGAAAGAACACCAUGGACUUUGGAAGAAUACAGGACGCGUUUGAUGAUUCUACGUCAGCUGACUUACGGCGCACAUACGAAAUAUAUGCCACAAGGUUUCGAUAUAAUAAUUGAGACGAUUCCUUUGCGUGUUAUUAUUGGAAAUCUCUAUGAACCGUUCACAAUUGCAUGGAACGAGCUGAAAAAUAUUAUCCAAGAUUAUGCCUAUGGAUUAAGCAUUGAUACAUUCUUUUCACUAUUUUUGCCUUUUAUUAAUCAGAUGGAGUUAAAAAGUCAUCAUGUUAUAUCUAAAAAUAGUGGUAAUUCAAAUUGUGACAUGCUUGACAAAAUGACAAUUAUUGCUGACAAAAGUCCGCGGAAUUACGGAGUUUUUCGAUUGGAGAUGUUUGGGUUUCUUAGUCGCAUAAGUGAUUUGUGUGAGCGUCGAACUAAACUACUAAGUCCUCUUUUCAUUCAUUUUGUCAGAAAUGAAUAUCAACAAGAAAAUCUAUUGAAAAGACAAGAAAACAUCUUAUUAGUGACUUCAUCUAGUCGUCCUUGUUCUGGAGACGAAGAUGAUGACAAGGAUGAUACAAACGACGACCCACAACUAUUUGGCCCUGGAAAACCAGAUGACAACAAAAGGGAGGAAGAAGAUGAAUGCGUUGGACGAAAAUUGAUUAGGAGUAGCCUAAUUGCUCUUUUGGAUUUGUUCGCAAACUUUACUGCACCAAAAACUAUUUGCAUGGCUAAUGAAAUCCGAAAUUUAUACGACGAGCUUUUGAUGGUCGGUGAUGAAGCAGUGCAACAACGGGCAUUAAAAUGCAUAUUUACCUAUAAUUAUAAAUAUCUUUCACCAUACAGAGAAUAUCUAGAAAAUUUGGUGCAGGAACGAAAUUUAACCAGUAGUUUGGUGAAGUUUCCAAUUGAUGAUCAUAGUUCCGUAAUUGACAGCACUCAUCGUACUGAUGUUAUGCCGAUUCUGUUGAGGCUUCUAUACGGAAAAUGCAACAUACAUUGUAAGAAAGAUAUGACAGACCGACGUACAGCUAUAUUUCGGUAUCUUGCUGGAAGCACAUCAGAUGAAUUGGAUUUCUUUUUGAAGUUGCUCUUUGCACCUUUGCUGAAAGUUAUCGAUGAAGACGAGCACUCACUGGAAGUAUUUUGCAAGCGAACAGUUUCAACUUUUGAUGCUUCUUCAAUGAUUCCGUUGCAAAUUAUCAAAGGGUUUGCCUUUCUUUUCAUGUAA